ACUGAUGAAUCUGUAUAAUGUAGGUUUCAAUCGAGAUAAUUUACUGUAAUAGGUUUAAUUUUUUUAUCAAACUUUAACUAGAAUUAGCUGGGAUUAACAUUCAUAAAAUAUUAAGAAAUCCGAUUAAAAGAAAUUGUUUACGUUAAAAUGAAACCUUGAAAUUCUACUUUAAAGGGCUGAACUUGAUGUGUUUCAAUGUUACAAACCGACAGUCUUCAAGCUAGCGCAUACUGCCACCUAGUGUUGGCGCGGUAUAAAAUAUGUAAAUUGGCAAAAAGUAAAUAAAAAAAAGAUGUCUAGCUAAACUGUGCUAACCUUUAACACUUUUCAAAAUGGUAAACACAAAUGCGUGCCAAGCUUUUAAGAGGUUUAUCGCAAAUAGAAAAAAAUCAUAUCAGUUUCCAUCUACUUAUACUCUAUUUUACAUUGAUCUGAUAUAAAAUCUCAAACUACACUGUGGCAUGUUUGUAAUGUUACAAAAUAUAUAAUAAGCAUUUACUUAAGUACAUUAAUCAAACAGUAAAUGUAGACAUAGUUUUAAGCUGUUUUUCAACAAUAUUGAGGAUGCGUUUUAUUUUAUUGUGAAAACCAGCCCUCAAACCGGAAGCGCUUCUGUUCUUCUAAUUAACCAACAAAAAGCUAUAAAAUUUAUUUAUAAAUUUUAACCCACAAAGCGGACGGUAUCCCACCAAAACAUAUACCCCGAAUAAGGACACCUAAAGGGAACUUUAUCAUAUUCAGCUCCAUUCGCUGGUUUGUUAUCAAGCCGAAAUGGCCGCCAACCCUCCCGGACAGGGCUUCCAGAACAAAACCCGAGUCGCCAUCCUGGCGGAGCUGGACAAGGAGAAGCGGCGGCUGCUGCAGAGCCAGUCCAUGAACAGUCCCGGAGCCAACAUCCCGCUGUCGGGCCGGAGCAGCCUGAAGGAGGCGAGGGACAGCGCGGAGCAGCAGCACAUCGCCGCCCAGCAGAAGGCCGCCCUGCAGCACGCUCACGUCCACUCCUCCGGGUUCUUCAUCACCCAGGACUCCUCGUUCGGGAACCUCAUCCUCCCGGUGCUUCCCCGAUUGGAGCCCGACUUAUGACUGAACAGCACAGCUGACCCUGGUGGACCGACUUCUACUCACAAAAAGCGGAGUUUGUUAGCUGUGAACGGAAGAGUGGCACCAUGGUGUUUUCUUGGUCACUUUUUUAUUAUGAGAUAGAAACGUAAGAAAGUUAUUUCAGGUUCAGAAUGUUGUUCAUAAGCUUAAAGUAUAAAACCUUCAGUUAAAGAGCCAUAUAUCUAUGUCAUGUUUACUUUCCGUUUUAAUUUCAAGUAGAAGACUAGCAGUACAUUUUUUGAAUAAGCUAUUGGACCACAGCUUGCUGUCAGAGCAGUGUUUACAGUUUAGUGGUCAGAGUUAUGGCUCUCUGCCAGGGUGCUCUUCAGUUAGAGGGCGUAAGAUCACUUGAAGGGGAGAAAGUGGUCCGAAAGAUUCAUCCCUAAAGAGUAUUCUGUUGUUUUUUUAUCCUUUCUAUUUAAUGUAGAUUAGAUGCCCUCUACCCACCCUUUGUUGUGCAGUGUAUGCACUAUAAGGAAAAAAAUGACUACAAAUAUUUUUCUUUUUCCAUCAAUAUCUAUCUAUCCAUCUGUCUGUACCACAGCUGGUUGUUCUGUUUCAUACUUUGUAACAUACUAUAGUGAGUGCUACACUUAUGUUUAUGUUUUGUUAGUUGCCAUGCCAUUGUAAUUUUCAUUCAAAAGUGUGUUUAAUUAUCCAUUUCUUUAUUUCUGCCUUUGUAAUGUGUACAUACAUAUAAUGUGCAGCUAAAAGAGGUGUUUAUUUCCCUAAAAUUAAUAUUUUUUCCCUCCGUUUUGAAAGCAGCAUACAUUGUAAGAUCUGAAAGUGAAUGGUCUUGCCUUUAAGCUGCCACCCGUAAAGUGUAUAAAGGAUUUUUCUAAGCCAACAAAAAUAUGAAGUGUUUGUUCUGUAA